AUGCAGUUUCAUGAACAGCAACUUGAAGAUUCAUCUCACCUCAGCACAAUCCACAACAUCUCUGACGUGUCAAGAGCGCAAUCGCCCAUCUCUGUAGCAAGCACCGCAAGCACUGCAAGCACUUCAUCUUUACAGUCAGAGGAGGAAACGCCAAAGGGUAAGACAAAGAAAGCUAGAUCGAAGUCGGCUGAUUGGACCGAAAACAAGAUUCAAGAUCUUUUGGAAGCGUGGGGGCUCAGGUAUAACCAGCUUCGAAGCGCCUCUCAAAAGGAAAAGAUCAAAAUAUGCAAUGAAAUUUAUUCAUUUUACAAGAAUGCCUUUCCCGAGAGCCAGAGAACCCUUUAA